CGGUCAACCUCCAGGCUCCCAUCACCACACAACAGUAGUGCCCACCUAACGCGACUCCUGUUCUAUAUCUUCACCUGCCAGUGACCAUGUCUGGUCCCAGCGGCGCAACAGUGGAAAAUCUUUCUCCGCCACCCCCACGCACAAUUACAAAUGCUGGCCAACGUCAAACGACUCCAAGCAACCAAGGCCUCUCUGCGGCGAGCGGACAGCUCCAUAUCCACGGCGUUCGUGUUAACGAUCUGAUACCUUGGGUCACGGAAGACGUCCGAAAAGCACAGCAAUGCGAGGCAGACAAAAUGCUCGAAUACAUACUGAGGCGUGCUUCGGAGACGCCAGAUGACCUUGAGAACUUGGAUAGUUAUACCCUAUUGGGCAGAUGCAUGGCGGAAGUUCUGGGCAUAUGUAAUGAGGAGGUCAAAGAUAUCAACGGAUUCCCGGUCUCGAAUAUCAAAAAGGCUCUCAUAGAAUACACGGCGUGCGCACAGGAGGAUGGCUUGUACCAGCCCUUUGUCCAGGCGUCCAACACUGCUCUUGCGUACCUGCGGGAGCUGGAUAUCGUUGGUAUGCGUAAAGGGGAAAGCGCGGAAGUACAGAUAUUCUUUCAGCGCAACGAUCCAAAGGUCAUCUCUCAACGCCACGCAGGGCAUACCUCCCAACGCAAACCAGAUAUUAUCGCUAUUCCAUUCACGAAGGGCCCCCAGUGUUCUACAGAGACUGCACCCAGCGGCUGGGGCGACCAUGUAUCGACGAUAGGUCCAGGUAAGGCACCCACGGCGAGCUUGUGGAAGGAUGUGCUCGGCGUCUUUGAGUUUAAGCGAUCCAAGUCGAAGAAGAAGAUGACGGCGCCUCCCCAGAAAUACGGCGUGUCAGUGUACCGACCUUCUAAACCAAUGUUUUUGGAGAUUGGCAAAGAUGGAAAUGAACGGGAGGCUUUCGCCGCCACGCGAGCGACACUCGCGGCACAGGCUCUGCUUGGCAGCACAGCUCGCAACAUGACUCCUCAAGGCACUCCAGCGGGAUCCAGGAAACGCACUUUGGGGUCCGAUUCUGAGUCUCGCGCGAGCAAGCGAUCCAGGGCCGAUGAGCCCCGGGCACACGUAACAAUCCAGACAGCGUUGUACGUUGCCGAAAUGCAGUCCGCCAAUAUUGGGAUGAAGCAUGGCCUCAAUUACAUUGUUAUAGGCGACGACAUUUGGAUUUGGUAUUACGACCAUCAAGGCCUCAUAAGCGUGGGGGGGUUCAAUUUUGUUCAAGAUCUCCCUCGCUUUCUGGUGCUGUUAUACGCUCUCCAGCGAUUCAACUUGGAGGACUGGGGUCGAAACACAGCCUUUCAACCGAAUCUAAAAGGGGACCGCAUUGAGUCUCACACUAUCAAUGUCGAUGGAUAUACACUGACACUGGACAACUCGAAGAGAAAGACCCGGCUUGGGCUGGGAGGUCGUGGGACUCAUGUUAUGGACGUCACCUGCAAUACACUAAUGCAGGAGAACCUUACGAACUCGCUCGACGGCGCGGUGGCGAAAAUUUACUGGGGGGAGGAGGCACGAAAGGAAGAGGAAGAAAUUUUGAGAUGCGUUGAGAAUACUGCGAAGACUGUCGGGAACGUCAAAGAACACGUGCCAGUCUUGAUCUUGUCGAAGAAGUUUCCGGUUUCCACAUGUAAAGUUAGAAGAGCUCUUGGCCUCACGAACCCUGAGAAAGGCAGCCGGACGCUCGUCCUGCUCGUGUUCAAGAAGCUUUCGCCAAUCGAAGAGCUCCCAAGCGACGCACUGGUCGUCGCAUGGUGGCAGUGUGUUUUGUGUCACCAUGCCCUCUGGAAUGACGGGAUCCAUCAUCGUGACGUGAGCGUCGAAAACCUGAUGUACUAUAAGGUGGGCGGCAAGGUGAUGGGCGUCUUAAACGAUUACGACCUUUCGUCUUUGGCAAGUUCUCCCAGCCCGUUGGGUAACGAGAGGACUGGAACGAUACCGUUCAUGGCGAUCGAUCUCCUCGAGGAAGCUGGUCAGAAUGGCAAUGUGAAGCACCAAUACCGCCAUGAUAUGGAAUCGUUCAUCUGGGUAUUCAUCUGGAUUUCCCUGCAGUUCAAGGACGGCACGUCGCUAGACCACGGACCCCUGGAUUCAUGGGCCGAAGUCAAUGCCCAUAGAUGUGUUGCAAUGAAGAGGAAUUUCCUGAUGGGCUCUGGCCUUCAAGUCCCUGGCGAUACCCCCAACUUCGCUCUUGUGUUGACGCUCGCGAAAUUUCUUGGGCAGAGGCUCAAUGCCCGUAAUGAUUUCAUCAUUGACCAAAGGAUUGCUCUGGCAAACAAGGCAAAUGGAGGGCCAGUGACUGCUUCACAGCUUGAAGAUACCAUCAAGGAACUCGACAAUGACAAUCAGCUUGCUAAGGAAACAACAGAUACGGAGUUUCGAGAGCUUCGUACUGCAUUGGAGCUGUAUAUUGAUACAGAUUGUGUCCAGUAAAUUUUCUCCGUAAGACCUUCUAUGAUAUGCCAAAGAAGCACAAUAGGCUUGCCACAGUAACAUAGAAUAUAUUUGGCUG